AUGAGCGUUCUGUUGUAUUUGUUUUUAAGUGUUCAUGGAAAUAACUUCGUAGAUAAAAUCAUAAGAACAGAUCAAAGUAUCAUAGAAGAUUCUAUUUUGGAUACCUUCACACUUAUACGUAAAUAUGGCUAUCCUUGCGAGAUACAUCGAGUGUAUACAGAAGACAAAUAUAUUUUGGAAAUGCACAGAGUACCUCACGGGGUAAACAAAACAAGCAAUAGCAGUAGGCCAGUUAUAUUUCUCCAACAUGGCUUACUUUCAUCAUCUGCAGAGUGGGUACUUAUGAGGCCUGGGAAGGGACUUGCUUAUAUUCUAGCUGAUGCAGGCUAUGACGUGUGGAUGGGAAAUGCCAGAGGCAACACAUACUCUCGCCAUCAUGUUUCCACAAAACCUACGCAAUCUUCGUUUUGGCAGUUCAGUUGGCACGAGAUUGGUUAUUAUGACCUACCAGCAAUGAUAGAUUAUGUCCUUAACGAAACAGGCGUCGAUAAAGUACAAUAUAUUGGUUUCUCUCAAGGAACCACAGCAUUCUGGGUAAUGGCUUCCACGAGACCUGAAUAUAACAAUAAAAUAUCGGCAAUGCACGCUCUAGCACCAAUCGCUUUUAUAAGCAACAUAAAAAGCCCUCUUAUAAAGACUCUUGGACCCUUCACCAAUUCUCUUGAACUCGUCAUGAAAAUGUUAGGCGCCAAUGAAUUUUUGCCUAAUGGUAAAAUAAAUGAACUGGCCGGAGAAAAAUUCUGCUUGGAAGAGGCUGUGACACAAGUUUUAUGUAAAAAUCUUUUAUUUCUGAUUUGCGGAUUUAAUAACGAACAACUAAAUAAUACAAUGUUACCAGUGGUGCUUGGACAUACUCCUGCGGGCGCGUCAACGAAGCAAAUAAUCCAUUUCGGCCAGUUGUACAAUUCAAACAAAUUCGUUCAAUUCGACUAUGGACGUUUCAAGAACAGACGACUCUAUGGAAGUAGACAACCUCCGUCUUAUAACUUAACUGCUAUAACGUCACCGGUUUUCUUACAUUAUGCUGACAAUGAUUGGUUGUCAACACCGACUGAUGUACACAGACUAAUGCUGGAACUGCCUGUCGUCGUUGGCAAGUAUCGAGUACCAAUGAAGACUUUCAAUCAUUUGGAUUUUGUUUUCGCUAACGACGCCAAUAAAUUAAUUUAUGAUCGUUUAUUAAAUAUUAUGUCA